UUAGUCGAGGCACUCAACUUGGCUUCUGGUCAUGCAUGCUCGAUUGAAGGCGAGAAAGAACAAGGAAGCGGCGGAGCUUCUUACAAUUGUGGCGAUUUUGGCCAUAUUGCUAGGGAUUGUAGUAGCGCUAGCGGUGGUGGCCGUGGUGGAGGUUCUGGUGCUUGCUAUAACUGUGGAGAAGUCGGUCAUUUGGCUAGGGAUUGCAGCAGUGCUAGCGGUGGCCGUGGAGGCGGUGGUGGUGGAAGGUUUUGUAGCGGUGAUGUUGGUGGUGGCAGCGGCGGUUGUUACAGUUGUGGAAAACCUGGGCAUUUCGCAAGGGAGUGCACUGAGGCAGCUUCAUUUCUCACAAUGAAGAAGAAAAGGAAGCACAGAAGAAAGAAAGAAGAGAGUAAUUAGUAAAUAUUCUCCUCCUUUCUAUUUUCCAAUUUCAUCUUUUGGUUUUUAUUUUGUUCAUUCUAAGCUAUGGUGGGUUUAUACAUAGGAAGAUGUUUUUUUCUUUCUUAAUGGGGUUUUGAUUUUUGAGUUGUUUCUAAGGAUGAUGAUAUAUGAUGAUGAUGAUGGUGAUGUUGAUGAAAAAAAAUAAAUAACUAUGUUAGUCAUAUUGUAUUUACAUAAUCACAGUACCAUAUUUUAUUAUAUGAAUGUAUUUACAUAAUCACAGUACCAUAUUUUAUUAUAUGAAUAUUACAUUAUUUUUGAUGUGAUUUGAUUAAUAAAUUUGGGUAGUUAUCCUGCA